CACAUAGUUCCUCUUAAGAGGAACAUUUUACACCAAAAAAAAAAAAGAAGGAAAAAAAAAAGUCGUCUUCUUUCUUCUUUAGCUCCUUGCUUCGUUUUCUUGUUAUUGCGACUAAUAAUUACUGCACUCCUAUAAUUUUCAAGUCAAAUCAAAGGAGGUGUUUAAUUUGAAGAGGUAGGAACCCUAAAAUUGAUUGCGAUGGGGCGAGGAAAGAUCGCGAUUCGAAGGAUCGACAAUUCAACGAGCCGGCAAGUAACGUUUUCGAAAAGAAGAAAUGGAUUACUGAAGAAAGCUAAGGAAUUGUCCAUUCUGUGUGAUGCUGAAGUUGGAUUGAUUGUGUUCUCCAGCACCAGCAAGCUUUAUGAAUAUGCAAGCACCAGCAUGAAAUCAAUUAUUGAACGCUACAACAAGCUUAAGGAAGAACAUAAUCAGCUGAUGAAUCCAGCUUCGGAAGUCAAGUUUUGGCAGAGAGAAGCUGCAAGCUUGAGGCAACAACUGCAGCACUUGCAAGAAUGCCACAGGAAACUGAUGGGCGAAGAGCUUUCUGGACUGGGCGUUCAAGAACUACAAAAUCUUGAAAACCAACUGGAGAUGAGUUUAAAGGGUGUUCGCAUGAAAAAGGAUCAAAUUUUCACAGAUGAGAUUAAAGAACUACACCAAAAGGGAAAUCUCAUUCAUCAAGAAAAUGUAGAACUCUAUAAAAAGAUGGAAUUCUUGCAAAAAGAAAAUGCAGAGCUAAAAAAGGUUUAUGAAGCAAGGAGUACAAAUGGAGAAAAUGCAGCAUCCAAUCCUCCAUACACCAUCGGAAAUGGAUAUGACUUGCUUGCACCUAUCAGUCUCCAACUAAGCCAGCCAGAGACUCAAUACACUGAACCACCUGCCAAAGCAAUGAAACUGGGGUAUUUCCUCACACCAAUAAUAACACAGUUCUUUUCUAUACAUUUACUUUAUAAUUUCGUUAAAAUUAGAAACCAAAUUUCUGCAUCAGACUGCAGCUGCAAUAACAAAAACUGUUCAAGAAUCGUGGAUGAUUACCAUUUCUGAGCUGCUGUCAACAACUUGUACUACUUAUAAUGAAGCUUUUAUCAGUGAGAUCUUGUACUUCAACAAUCACAUUUAUUUGAUGCAACAAUACAAAGCACAUUGGUAUGCAAUUAUCUAUCUAGAAGCUUGCAUUGCCUUCAAGGAUCAGACAAUGACUACCUAUGUAAAUUUUAUGCAAUAAAGAUAUCAACCACUGUGCCUGGUAAUGUUUUAUAUAA